CGCCCGGAGAGCGGCUGGAGACACCAGGCGCCCGCUCCGCCCUCCCCGCGGCGAGCGGCAUUCGGGUGAUGUGACUGAGCCGCCCCCGCCCGCCUUUCGCUCCUCUCCCCGUUGUAUGUGCCCGUGUUUCCCGGCGGAGGAAGAGCAUGGAGAAUGAUGAACUUCCGUCAGAGGAUGGGAUGGAUUGGCGUGGGAUUGUAUCUAAUAGCAAGCGCAGCAGCAUUUUACUAUGUCUUUGAGAUCAAUGAGACUUACAACAGACUAGCCCUGGAGCAUAUUCAGCAACCCCCUGAGAAACUCAGAGAAGAAGCCACUUGGAUGCACUCCUUAAAAACACGACUGCUGUCUGUACCCUUUUGGCUGUGGGCCAUUAUCUUUUUAAUUCCUUAUUUCCAAAUGUUCUUGUUCCUGUAUUCCUGUACAAGAGCUGAUCCCAAAACAGUGGGCUAUUGCAUCAUUCCUAUUUGCUUGGCUGUUGUUUGCAACCGUCACCAAACAUUUGUGAAGGCCUCCAAUCAAAUCAGCAGACUGCAACUGAUUGACACUUAAAUCAUUCUGCAUUUUCCCAUGAGCGAUUUUAGAUAAUAUGAAGAUGCUUGGCUAUGUCAACUGAAGAUAUGAAUGGAACUUGAAAUUCUUUUUGUCAAUGUUAACUACUGAAUAGAGCAUCUACUUUCUAUUUUUUUAAACAACUUGAUUUUAAGUAUGGGUGCAUUCUGUUUGGUGGAAAAAUAGCCUUCUUUGAGACUAGAGGGCGACUUCCUUCAUAUUUGCCUUAUGAUGCAGAAUUUUUACACUCCACUGGAAGUUCUUGUGGGGAAAUGUAUUUGAAACCUUGCUUCACUGUGCACUCUCUCUCCCCUCCCCACAAAUCUACAACCUUCCCCUAAGAGGAGAAUUGGUGAAAAUUGACUUUUCUUUUGUUAUAAUGUGUAAAGUUUGGAAUGAUCAUAGAAGUGGCAUUUAAGAUAUUGUGCUUUCUCUUUUAAUAAUGUUGCACUCAAUAAAACAGGGCUCCAUUCAAA